AUGUCGUCGUCCUGGCACCCCGGCGAACUCGCCAUGCACCGCGAGCUGCGGACGGGCCGCUUCGAGAAUCCCACGUCGGCUGGCUGUCCCACGCCGUAUGCCAUCAGGGUGAUGCAUUCGCAGCUCGUUGCGCUCGGGACAUUAGACGAGGAAGGGAGGCCGUGGACGACGGUCUGGGGCGGGGAGAGGGGCUUUGCGAGGCCUGUUGCUGAGGGGGUUCUCGGGCUGAAGAGUGCGGUCGACAAGGAGUUUGAUCCUGUCUAUAAGGCUUUCUGGGCAUCAUCGUCUUCUUCCCCGGAUAAGAGCCGCGGUGGCGGUCCCGAUGAGGAGGAGGAGGAGGGCAUAGUCCGGCCCGAGGGCGGCAAAAUGAUGAGCGCCCUCUCCAUCGACCUCGAGACGCGCGACCGCGUCAAGCUCGCGGGGAGACUCAUCGCCGGCGCCGACAUCCGCGGGCCGGAGAGCGAAGUGCAGCUUGCGUUCCACGUGGAGGAGAGCCUUGGCAACUGUCCCAAGUACAUCAACACGAAGGCUCUCGAGGCGGUCGUUCCCCGGCCGGAGCUGGUUCCUGGGCGUCCGGGAGGGAUGUUGCCUCCUGAGGCGGUUGCUCUGAUUGAGAAGGCGGACAUGUUUUUUCUUUCGAGCACGAAUGGGGUGAGUAUGGAUACGAAUCAUAGGGGCGGGCCGAGGGGGUUUAUAAGGGUUUUCAGGAAUGAUGAGGAUGGGGUGGAGUUGGUGUAUCCAGAGUACUCAGGAAACAGACUAUAUCAAUCGCUUGGAAACCUCAAAGUCAACCCCCUCAUCGGCAUCGUCAUCCCCGACUACACCACCUCGGACGCCCUCUACCUCACCGGCCGCUCCACCAUCCUCCUCGGCAAGCAAGCCUCCGACAUCCUCCCCCGCUCCAACAUCGCCGUCAAAAUCACCCUCGCCGCAUCCCGUCUCGUAAAAGCCAGCCUUCCCUUCCGCGGCACUCCCAACGAACCCUCUCCUUACAAUCCCCCCAUCCGAUAUCUCCUCUCCGAGAGAGCGCCCGCCCUGGCCCCUACAGAUCGCCCGGAUAUCAAUGCCACGCUCAUAGCGAGGGACAUUCUCACGCCUACCAUUGCCGUCUUCACCUUCAAGCUCGAGACUCCCAAUUCGCGGACUGUUCUCCCGCAGUGGCGGGCAGGACAUCACGUAACCAUGAACUUCGAAACAGAAGUCAGCUCGGGUUAUGCACACAUGAACGACGACGACCCGCAAAGCCUCAACGACGACUACGUACGCACAUUCACCGUCUCCAGUCCGCCCGGAUCUUUGCCCGCAAAAGAUAUGUUCCAGAUCACGGCGAGACUGCAUGGGCCGGUUACGAGGUUCCUUUGGAGUCAUAACACGCGGGUGCCGCUGGACGUGCAGGUCAUGGGUUUCGGUGGGAAAGAUGCCUUUGCGUUGCCUGUUGCGUUGCCUGUUGCGUUGAGUGGUAAGGAGCCGGUGUAUGUGGCGGGAGGAGUGGGCAUCACGCCGCUGCUUGCGCAGGGGAAGGGGGUGCUUGAUGCGGGUGUUGCGUUGAAGUUGCUCUGGACGCUGAGGGGUGAGGAUCUGGCGUUGGCGGUUCAUGUUUUUGAUCGGAUUCCUGGUUUGGCAGAACGGACUACGCUGUUUGCUACGGGGUCGCUUUCGGGGGAGGAUGCGCAGAGGUUACUGGAGAAGAUUCGGGAGCGGGGGGCGGAAGUUGUGGAGAGGCGGGUUGGUGGUGAUGAUUUGGGGGGGUUGAGGGGGGAGGGGAAGAAGAAGAAGUUUUAUUUGUGUACGGGGGCGGCGCUUUUGAAGACGUUGAGGGGGUGGUUGGAGGGUGAGGAUGUUGUUUGGGAGGAUUUCGGGUAUUGA